GAGCAACAGCAGAAAUAGUGGGAGUACUUUUAGCAUUUUUGUCCUUGUAGACUUGCCGUAGUUUCACUUUAUUUACAUGCGUACUCCCUGCGUGUAUGUCUGUGUCUGUGUAGAAUGUAGGAACUUUGUUAUACUUCAUUACUGCCUGCACAACUGCCUCUGCAAAGAACAAACCCGUUUUCUGUUACUGUUCGUGUAGAAAAUGAACAGUAUUUCAGAGGGAUACUCAAAGAACUCUGGCAUGAAGUAGACGUUAUUGCUACAUUGCUUAUGGCUAACGGCUAACUCCAUCUACAAGUGAAGGUGAAGCCACUGGAUAAAAAAAAAAAAACUUAUUUCAGCUAUAAUAUGCACUGAUAUAGGAGUGUGACGUCAUAAAGCAAGAGCUUUGUGACGUCAAAUGUAAAAGUUACAGUGUAUUCUACUGCGGAAUAUUACCACCAUAUGCCUCUUGUAGAAGUCAACCCUUGACCUGACCUUUGACCUGCCACUGCAUCUCCAUUCAGGGUAUGGGGCUGUUUUAUCACAUCACUGCAUCCAUCACAGCUUUUCUCCUCAUUGCCUUAGCUUUGACAUAUUUAGGCAUCGGCCAGGCCAGACUGCUUAGGUCAGUCCAUGCUAAGCCAGAGAACACGUUAACUUAUGACAGACUUGUUCAUUAUGCAGCACAAAACAAUGCAAGAAAAAGAUUAUGUCCACACCCAGAGAACUCCACUCAAUUUUCUACUAAUGAUAAAUGCACUAUGGCACCAGAGAACCGCUUUGACUGUGCAAGAGACAGAGUUCUCAGCCAAAAAGAGUGUGAGGACAGAGGCUGCUGCUAUGCCCCUCUGCCUGACACUGCAGGACCACCUUGGUGCUUCUAUCCGCAUUUGUACCCUGGUUACAUCAUGGGUCCCCUCAGUCCCACCAGGAGAGGACAGGCUGCCACUCUGACCCGUGCCAAACCCUCCUAUCUGCCCAAAGACAUCUCCACUCUCCGCCUAGAAGUCAUAGAAGAGUCUGCAGGCUGCCUACACCUGACUGUAAAGGACCCGUCAUAUCCACGGUAUGAAGUACAGCUCCUGGGUGAACCUCAUUCAGGUGCUCACGGAAAAACUGAUUCCCAAGACACUCUCUAUAGCACUGAAUUCCACCCUGACCCGUUUGGCUUUAUGGUACGGCGAAAGUCCAAUGGAAGAGUAAUUCUGAACACCACAGUUGCUCCUCUGCUGUUUGCUGACCAGUACCUGCAGCUGUCCACCGCACUGGCCUCCACUUUUGUGUCUGGGCUUGGAGAGCACUACACCUCUCUCCGUCUGGACCUUAACUGGACUUCUCUGACUCUGUGGAACAGAGACAUGGCCCCUCAUGCUGAUGCUAAUCUCUAUGGCUCCCACCCAUUCUACAUAGUUCAAGAGGAGGAUGGCUUUGCACAUGGAGUUUUCCUACUUAACAGCAAUGCAGUUGAGGUGGUGCUGCAGCCAACUCCUGCACUCACCUGGGUCGCCAUUGGUGGAAUCCUGGACCUGUUUGUUUUCUUAGGUCCUGAUCCUCAGAGUGUCAUUCGACAGUACCUCCAGGUGAUUGGUUACCCUAUGAUGCCUCCUUAUUGGUCACUUGGUUUCCAUCUAUGUCGUUGGGGCUAUACAACUUCUAAUACAACGCGGAAGGUGGCACAGCGCAUGCAUGCUGCUAACUUUCCCAUGGAUGUGCAGUGGAACGACCUAGACUAUGCAAAUAAACGCAGGGUCUUCACCUUUGACCCCUGGAGGUUUGGGGACCUCCCAGAGAUGGUGGAGGAGUUUCAUAAGAGAGGCAUGAAGUACAUCCUUAUUCUGGAUCCUGGGAUCAGCAGCACUAGCCCCCCUGGAACUUACCCUCCCUUUGAUAACGGACUCAAACGUGAUGUGUUCAUUAAAAACACUACAGGAAACAUUCUGAUAGGGAAGGUGUGGCCCGGCCCUACAGCCUUCCCCGACUUCACCAACCCAGAGACCAGACAAUGGUGGGAAGACUGUAUCAGAGAUUUUCAUUCAAAAGUGCCUGUGGACGGUUUGUGGAUUGAUAUGAAUGAACCUGCCAGUUUUGUUCAGGGCUCAGUAGAGGGUUGUCCUGAUAGUGAUAUUGAGAAUCCACCGUAUACGCCCAGGGUGGUUGGUGGCCAGUUAAACUCAGGAACCCUUUGUAUGUCAGCCCAGCAGAGGCUGUCCAGUCACUACAACCUGCACAACAUGUACGGGCUGACCGAAGCCUACGCCACUCACAGUGCUCUCGUGAAGGUACGUGGGAAGAGACCCUUUGUCUUGUCUCGGUCGUCUUAUCCGAGCAUUGGACAGUUUUCUGGAGUGUGGACAGGUGACGUCAGGAGUGACUGGGAGCAGCUUCGAUACUCCAUCCCUGCGGUGUUGCAGUUCAGCCUGUUUGGGGUGCCCUUGGUAGGGGCAGACAUCUGUGGGUUUGGAGGUGACACCACCGAGGAGCUGUGUGUGCGAUGGAUGCAGCUCGGGGCCUUCUACCCAUUCAUGAGGAACCACAAUGAUAAGCCAAAUGCUCCUCAGGAGCCCUAUGUAUUUGGGAAGAAAGCCCAGGCUGCCAUGCGGAGUGUGUUAAAUCUUCGCUACUCCCUUCUACCGUUCCUUUACACACUUUUCCAUCAUGCACACACCUCUGCUGACACAGUAGCGAGGCCACUCUUCCUGGAGUUUCCUUCUGACCCAAACUGUCAGACAAUAGAUCGGCAGUUUUUGUGGGGGAGUUCACUUCUCAUCACUCCAGUCUUAGAGCCAGGGGUAGAAGAGCUGGCAGCCUAUCUCCCUCCUGGGACUUGGUAUAGCAUCCACAAUGGUCAGCCUUUCUACAGUAAAGGUCAGUAUCUACUCCUGCCAGCCCUUCUGGACACCAUCAACAUCCAUGUGAGGGAGGGACACAUUAUCCCCCGACAGGAGCCUGCUUUGACAACCACGGCCUCACGCGGAAACCCCUUCUUCUUAACGGUGGCUUUGUCAGCGGGGGGCUGGGCCUGGGGGGACUUGUUCUGGGAUGAUGGGGAUAGUCUUGGCACUUUUGAAACAGGAAGUUAUUGUUAUUUGAUCUUCGUUGCUGGACAGUGUCAGGUUGUGAGUGAGCCACAGAGACUGAAUGGGGACCUGGAUGGUCUGGUGCUGGGAGGUAUACAGGUGUUUGGAGUACCUUCACCUCCUCGAUAUGUGUUAGCCAAUGGGGAGAAAGUCAGGGAUUUCACCUAUCGUAGUGACACAAAGGCUUUAACAGUGACUGGCCUGGCCUUGUCCAUGUCACAGGUUUUCACCGUCCAAUGGGCUCUUUGAUGAACUGGAUUUAAAUACUUACACUAAAGGAUCAUUGAUGUCCAAAGGAAACCCUGGAUCAAGGAUAGAAGCCUUUGUCAAUGUAUAUAUUUUAUAGCUAUUAAUAAUUCUAUUUUUAAAACUGCCUUUUACAUGAUUUUUUAUUGAACCACUAAUAAAAUAACCAUAAAAGAUCACUUU